CAUUGCUGAGUACAGCUGAGUUCUUCAGGUGUUCGAUAGUUCUCUAAUUAAUCAUAAUUAAUGAACCCUAGUUAGUAUUUUGCUAAAGUAUUCUCUCUUUCAGGUUGACAUCACAGGAGUCACAGCCCCAUGAAAGUAUGAAUUUCACACAUCACAGCAGGGCUGAGUAGCAGCCGCAACAGCAAUGGCAUCAAAGUCAGCAGCACCUGGUUUCUGACAGACCCAGGAAAAGGGAGAUUUCUUUGCAAAGCAGUGAUAGAAAAACACCUCACACAGGAAAAUAAUCAGCAGGAAAGCCAGGAACAAAGAAAUAAAUAAUACAGCAGCCCACUGCCUCGCAGUCUGCUGAAGCUGAUGCUAUUGUAUGUGCAAAGGUCCAGGAAGCACCACCCAGACCCAUGUGCCAGUGGUCACCCGGAGGCAGCAGCGAGGGCUCUCGCUGGUGAAGCACACGACGGCUUUUGGGGCACGGCGGAAGCUCCUGUGGUUACAGAAGAAAAGCAUAAGAUGUUGAAACAAAUAAAAAACACAUCCCCCUGUGGCCUGGAACUUUCUCAGUGGGUUGCAGAUCACAGACCACCUGCCUUGCACAAAGUGGCUUUUGCAGAGCAAUUGCAAAGAAGAAUUGCAAAGAGAACAAUCGAACCCCUCAAGAACUCAGCCGCACGUCAGCAAUGCACACACUCACAGAUAACAAAUAUGCAUCGAUAUAUUCCAUGAAACACUCCUUGCUGAUGGAUAAUAGAACAUGGUGCCAAACACCUUCUCUUUACCCAAGAGGGUCCAGAUGACAUCACAUCCUCUCCAAAGAGUGACACAACCUCCCAAGUCAAGUGACAAAGAUCGUCUCUGCUCUGCCGCAUCGUCCCCGAGAACGGCCACCCCUAGGAGAAGAUGGUCGGCUCUCCUGUGCUGCUCCUUCUGCUCGCUCUGGGGCUCUGUUGCCCUGGGAUCCGGGCACAGAGAUACAGCAUGGCAGUGAGGUUUCGUGACAGAACCAUCACACAUCCCCAGCUGGAACAGCGACUGGAGUUGGAGUGUGAGUCCAGCAAGGAGGACAGUGGCGUAUUCUGGGUCCACCUGGACAAAGAUCAGACCCUUCACUUCAUCGUCUUUAUUUCCUACCUGCGCCGGACCAUCUUCCAGGGGAAUAAACAGACAUCCCCACGCUUCGAGGCAACAAAAGUUGGGAGAUUCUACCGGCUGGUAGUGAAGUCUUUCACGUCGCAGGAUGAAGGGUACUAUUUCUGCCUCAUGAACAUCAACCAAAUGCUGUUCUUCAGUCCUGGCCAGCCUGCCUUCUUCCCAGUCAUCAGCACAGCAGCACCCACCACACUGCGUGGUGUCACUGGAAACAACACCCACGUGAAGACCCUGGAUCAAGAGAACAGCAAGAACAGAGUACAGGUUUACACCUGUGACAUCAUCUGGGUUCCCUUGUCAGGCACCUGCAUCCUGCUCCUCAAUGCGAUCAUGGUCACCGUCAAAUUGUGUCGACGUAAGAGUCGCCCGGAACCCGGAGCUGGUCCAAAUUCCCUCUGACAUCACACGGAGCCAAGAGCCCUCCCUGUGCAAUAUCAUUACCCAGUGAUCUGCAACAUCAUUAACAUACAAAGGACACUCAAUGGUCUUUUUCUGCCUUUUAAUGCUGAUGUCAAUUAUCAGUGCAAAGCCAUUAGCUGCAAUUAAUUUCUGCAGCACGCAGGUCGAGCCCUCCAGGACAGGUUUUCACCUUGUGCUAAAAUGAAUGGCUGGACAUUGUGUUUUGCAAAUACAUCCCAAAGUGAUGACAAAGAUGCUAAAAUGGAGUAGAGUCUCCUUCACCUCGGUUCCAUGCUGUCUGGUAUCAUCGCCACUUGCCAGUUGCAGAAAUUAAUUGCUGCCAGUGGAUUUUCAGCAGUCUGGCAAAGUCAUUGCAGACAGCAAAUAGAAUAAUUCACCCUCAGCUUGCACUGCAAGACAGACACUGCUUUCCUGUGACAGACCAGGGCUUGAACAUCUUUCCUUGACACUCCAGCUGCCAACUGGACUGGGACGGAUCCUGCAGCGCACUGAGCAGUUCUCCAAGGACUCUGAGCAGGGUCAACACUGCGGCUGGCUCUGCGCUGGGGGCACCGGGGCUGCUGUACCAAAGGGAUUCAGACGGGCUGGAAAGAUGCUCUGAGAGCAUCUUGCUUUUAGUUUGCUCCUGCUGAAUGCUGGUUGGUAAGACUUUGCUAACUAACACUCUGAGAGCCACCAGCAGCCGGCAGGAGCAGGUCACUGCUCAGCUUGUAAAGGCCCUGAACGGGCACAUUCAUUAGAAACAGAGAAUACAUCAUUCAACACAGGUGUGGGAGGAGCAUGUGCGAGUGUACAGCAAAGCAGUGGCACAGCAUCAUCCCUCUGGCUCUACCUUCCCCUCCAUCCUUGGUAGAGGGAGCAGUCACUCCCCACUUUAACACAGAUUUUUCCAGAGGACCUGGUCUCAAACCUGGCCACAGGUGCUCCUUGCAACAGGGAUUUCCCCUAAAUGCCACGGGAAUAAAGCUGGUACUGGACCACAUCAAGCGCCUUUCCCAGGCUGCGAUGCUCACCCAGGCUCUCAGGCUGCACAAAUGACGGCUGCAAGGAACUAAAACCCCGGAGCUCAUCCCACCAGAGAUGCUGUUGGGAGGGGGCCCUGAGCAUCUCUGCUUCCAACACAUCACACCAGCAGCUUAUUUUAGCCUCUGUGAAAGCUCCUAUGAAAUAAACCCACUGUUUUCCUACCCUGCAAGCACUCAGCAGACAGAGCUUCACCCCAGGAGCACACGGGUUUCAUGAGAUGUAUGUUUUAGACACCAGCUAUAAGGAAACCCCUUGGAAACUUCCCAUGGGCAAAGGUUUAUUCUUUCUAAAAGAGAAAUUUCCCCUCUGCCUGCAGCUGCUUUUGAGAUCCCAGAUCUGUUUGCCAUGCUUGAGGCAUCCUGACCUUAGUGUCUAUCCCUGCUUCCCCUUUCUCACCUCUUGCCCAGCGCAGGAGAUGGCCUCCCAUGACCAGACAGCUGGGGCCGCAUGUGGCAGCAGAAGGCAGACUGCAACAGCCCAAUCCUUCUCUUCCCUGGGAAAGUGAGCGGGCAGAGAUAACCCUGCCUGUUCCCCUCCUCCUUCUUGUCUCCCCAUGCUCAGACCACCCCAGCAGUGUCCAGUCCUUACUGAAACCACCCAGGAUGGCAACAUCUUGCCUCCAGCCAUCAGAUUAACCCAACUACAAGAGCUCCCAUUCAAAGAACGGGGAUUUACCCUUUGAUUCUCUGCCUGCUAGUGAAUAACAGGCAACAAAGAAUUUGCUCAGCUCCUGAAUUCCCUAAUUUGGCUUCCUUGUUCCUUAGUAAACUGAAAAAAA